GAGCCUCGCCGCCCCCUGCGGCGCCUCGCGAUGCCGGCCGCGCCACCGCGCUGGCCGCCGCGCUGCUGCUCUGCUCCGGCGGGGGCGCCGCAGGCAAGCGCGCGAGCAGAGACGACUACCGCAAAGUCUUGGACCAGUUCUUCGAGCGGUGCCUCGAGGCGGGGGUCUUCUACAGGCUGCCUGCGGGCGUGACGCACUGCCCAGCCCCGCGGGGCGCGUGCGCAAGCGUGCUCGCGCCCAGAGGCGGUCAGAGCGGCGGCACGGCAGCAGUGCCGCACCCGUCGUGA